UAGCCAGAGAAGUGGGCAGGCCGGCAGGCGGUAUCAGCUUUCACUUUUCCUCGAUCGUUCGGCGACUUUAACUGCCUUCGCAAGUGAACCUGCUUGAUACGUAACGAUUGAAUUUUUACGCUCAGCAGCUGAGCCCAAAGCUGGCCUUGCAACUUAUAACCUCACCAGUUUACCGUGAAUAUCCUGUUCGUCAAAAUAUCAUCGUGCAUUGUGUUUGACUGUUUUGUAAUUGUUUAGUGAAUGUGUUAGGUUACAUAUCAUAUAGUCUUUUACCGAGUUUCACGUAUACUCCAGUGUCUUCCUUUGGGCAGCUCAACCAUGAUCAAUCACGUAUCAUUUAAUAUGGUUAUGUUGCUCUUCACGGCGAUGGUCUCUGCCUAUGAUCCUCAGGACGAUUCGUUGAAAGACAUUUUGCUCCCAGAAGGUCAGUUUGAGGCUUUCUACCUCAGAGGAACCCAGAACGAUGAACAAGGAGCUGCGAGGCCGCCUCAUCUUCACGGUUCCUUCAAUCAGUACCGAAACCCGGCUCUUGUUGGUGUCCAAAACGGUGCAGCGUACGGCUUCAGGUUCGACGGAAAGCGGCGGUUCAAUUUUGACUAAUUUAAAUGAUAAAUAUUAGUUCUCUUAUAAACAUGUUACUCGCAAUGUAAGAAACGAAAGAUACACAUACGUUCAUACACACCCAGGCACCAAAAAAUUUUACC